CCCGCAGACAUGUCAUCAAACAGAAUCCGGUUGGAGUUGGUGCUGCUGCAGCUGAUGCUGCUGGUGGCCACACUAAUCCCACUGCUGCAGGCCAGGACAGUUACGGAUCCCGAUUCGAAUUCAGAUCCGGACACCACCACUACCAUGGACCCGUAUAUGGAGCAGCAGCAGCAACUGGAAUUGGAGAAGGAACAGGAACAGGAGCAGCAACAGCAGCAGCAGCAGCAGCAGCAUCACCAGCACCAGCCAGUUCCAGAGUCCAAUGUUCAAGUGGAUGGCCAACGCAUCGACUGCAAAUUGACUUUCGAUGCGGCGACAAUGGACUCGUUAGGCUGCCGCCACAAUGAGGAGGCGUUAUCGGAUGGUAGGGCGUUGCCUGGUAUUGGUAAUAAGCCCGAGGAGAAGCCGGUGGAAAAUCUGGACUGGCAACGCCACUUGAAGUCCCCGGACAGUCAGCCCAUCUAUGAAUUACAAUUGGUUGUUUGGCCCAGUGACAUCGAGGAUGGUGAUGACUUUAGUCCGCCGCUGGCUACCACAACAAUGAGAACAACAACAACUACUACUACUUCUACCACCCACAAGCCCACACAAAUUGGGACACCUAUUGAGCAAAUAUGGCCAUUGUACGAGGAUCAAUUGGUCGUAUUUCCGCAAAUGGACUUUGAAGAGGAGAAUCUUGAUUAUUUCUUCGACGAAGUGGCGUCACCGCCUACAACAACGCCUACUACUGGACGACCGGUGACCACUAAUCAUCCCACAGGCACACCCACUCCUACGCCCAUUUAUGUUGUGCAAAACUAUCACGUUGUGCAUCCCAAUGGCACCGAGGAAUACAAAUUGGUGAUGAGCAAUGGCCUGGUGAACUACAAGAAGCUGUACACCAAGCGAGUGGGUGACCAGGUGAUCAACGUGCAGGAGGGUUAUAACUCAGUGCCUAUACCAGGUCCGAGGAACCAAAUCCAGACGCAGUACUACAUAGCCGACGAGCGGGGCUAUAAUGUCUAUAGAAUCGAGCUCCACUAUCAUCAGCCAGGGUUGCCCAAACAUUUGCAUUACAAAGCCACAAAAGCGACCAAUAUGUGACGAUGAGCAGGAUUUCCAAAUGCCGAACACAGUGGUCCUUAAUCUAUAAAACAAACCUUUUUUUUUUGCAUUUUUUUUAUAACUUAUUUUAGCUUACUUAGUUCUCAAUAAAUUGUAAAGAAAAGUUGGGCGUAAUUUAAUUUUAAUGCCUUUAAAUUAAUUUUAUUUAAAACUUCCUUGAAAGUAAGAAAAUGUUGGGAAUUCUUAAGCUGAAAAUUGCUUUUAAAUUUUAUGAUUUAUUAUAAUAUUAAUAAUAAUAUUUUGAUAAUUUGUGAUGUUAUUUCUUUUGUUACAAAUUCAUUAAAAAUUAUUAUUAAAUAUUAUAUUAUAUAAAUCGCAGAAUAACAAGCCAUGUGCUAAACUUUCCCUCAUUAAAUAUUAUUCAUCAAUAUUUUAGGCAUCAAAUUAUUUUAUUUGCC